UGGAACAGCGCGCUCAGUUGGUGAGGACGUGUUCGCGGAGCUCCUAACUAAGCCACUCUUGAGUCACGCACAGAGUGUUUCUGGCCCGAAGAGCACGAGAAGUAUAAACAAACAAAAGCGGCUCUCCCAGUGGCGGCUAUGAAAAUGAUCGGCAGCGACUACGUACUGGAAGCCCACAACAUUUUCCACACCACCGAGGUGGAUGGUGGUGGCUGUUUCAAUGGAGCCGGCAAUUCGGCCCUGGUGCUCAAAGGUGUCAAUCUGACCGUGCACAGCGGCGAGGUUAUGGCCAUUCUGGGCUCGAAGGGUAGCGGCAAGAGGGCUCUCUUAGAUGUUAUUUCCAGACGUGCCGAUGGAGCCACUCGUGGUCAGGUGCUGCUCAAUGGAUCGCCGCUAUCCAAGGCAUUGUUUCAACAGAGAUGUGGCUAUGUCACCCAGUCCUGCACCUUUGUUCCUGGUCUCACGGUGGCCCAGACACUGCACUACACCCCCACCAUUUUGAGUGGCUAUCUAAAGAGUUCCAAAGUGCGUCAGGUUCUGGCCGACUUGGCCCUUUCCCAAGUGGCGCACAAGAGAGUGGAGUACCUUAACAUCAGUGAGGCGCGUCGUCUGGCCAUUGGAAUUCAGUUGGUCAGAGAUCCUGUUAUGCUAUUGCUGGAUGAGCCCACCCAUGGCCUGGAUCCCUUGAGUGCCUAUCUGCUCAUAUCCAUUUUGUCCAACACGGCCAAGAAGACGGGUUGCGGAAUCCUUCUGUCGCUGGAGAAGCCUCGCUCCGAUGUGUUCCCAUUCCUGGAUAGGGCCCUGUUCCUCUGCCUGGGCGGAGUGGUUUACUCAGGAGGCACUCGUGCCAUGCUGGAGUACUUCCAUGGCAUUGGAUUCCCUUGUCCCCAGCUGGAGAACCCCCUCAUGUACUAUCUCUGCCUGUCCACUGUGGAUCGUCGCAGUCGCGAUCGUUUCCUGGAGUCGAGCCAGCAGAUCGAGGCACUGGUGGAACGAUUCUCCAGGGAAACUCCCAUCUCGGAUGCCCCGCUGAACAACAUGGGAUCUGGCAAAGUGCCGCUGGCGUAUGGCAAGCCUGGGGAGCUCAAAGUUUGGGUUAUGUUGUACCUAAAACUACUGGCUUCGACCUUUUCCUGUGGACUCGUUGGUAUGAAGACGCUUUUUCUGCGCCUUUUGCUACUUCCUGUGGCCUUAAGCAUCCUAUGGGCAUUUUACACAGAUGUCGGGGAUGAUGCUCAUGGAUUUUUUACCAAAAACGGCAUGAUCCUUAAUAUUUUGGGGCUGUCGUACGGCUGUGGAGUGCUGACUACCAUAUCUCUAUUUCCCAUUUGGCGCAAGAAGUUUUCGCAGGACACUCCAGAGGGUCUCUACUCGGGCACCACUCUGCUGAUUGCCUACAACUCCGUAUCCAUACCAUUCUCAGCCGUAUCUGCCGUAAUAGCCAGUUGUGUUGUGUAUCCUCUUCUGCUGGAUGUAAAGUACAACAAUGGCACUAUCUUUGCCUACUUGCUGGUGGCCCUUUGGUCCAGUUUUGUGCUGGCUGAACAGCUGACGAUCGCUUUUCUUUUGGUGGUCAAGGUUCCCUUCAACGCAGCCAUUGCGGUGACCUAUGUGCUCGUCAUCAGUAUUGCACUGGCCAGUGGAACUGUGCGCUCCUUCAAGGGACUUCAACCUUGGCUGCAGGACAACACGAAGGGCACCCACACGCGUUACGCAUCCUCUUUGCUGCACAGCAUCGCCUUCCAGUCGAGGAAACUCAACUGCACUCCCACCGCCUCCGUGAUCUGUCCCAAGCCAGCGGAUUUCAUGCACGAGCGACUGGGAUUGCCGGAUCCCGAUGAAACCAUCGAUGUGGCUGCCUCCUGCGCUUUUGCUGUGGGAUUGGCCGCCUUCAACAUGCUGGUUUACCUAUUUCCCAUGCCGCGAUGUGUUCGCCAGAAGUUCAAGGACUAAGGAGCUUCGAUUUUGCAGUGCAGAUAUCAUGUUUCCGAGUUUUC